AUGCAGGCCACGACCCCGGUGGAUCCUCGGGUGCUGGAUGCCAUGCUGCCUUACUACCACGGCCGCUUCGGGAACCCGCACAGCCGCAGCCACUCCUAUGGAUGGGAUGCAGAGGAGGCCACCGAGAAGGCCCGCGUGCAGAUCGCCAAGCUGAUCAAUGCCGAUCCGAAGGAGAUCUUCUUCACGUCCGGCGCGACAGAGUCCAACAACAUGGCCGUGAAGGGCGUCGCGGAGUUCUACGAGGGCUCCGGCAAAAAGCACAUGAUCACCACCCAGACCGAGCACAAGUGCGUGCUGGCAUCCUGCAGACGUCUGGAAGUGGACAAGGGAUGGAGUGUGACAUACCUGCCCGUGGACAAGUACGGGCUUGUGAAUCUUAAGGAGCUGGAAGAUGCAAUUCGCCCGGACACAGCACUGGUCUCUGUGAUGCACAUCAACAAUGAGAUUGGUACCAUGCAGCCCGUGGAGGAGAUCGGGAAGAUUUGUGAGAAGAACAAGGUGCUGUUUCACACGGACGCCGCGCAGAGUGUGGGGAAGGUGCCCGUGGACGUGAAGAAGAUGAACGCCGCCCUGCUGUCCAUUUCUGCCCACAAGAUGUACGGGCCAAAGGGCGUCGGUGCUUUGUAUGUCCGACGCAAGCCGCGAGUGCGACUUCGUGCCGUGAUCGACGGUGGCGGCCAGGAGCGUGGCUUCCGCAGUGGCACCUUGGCCACGCCGACGAUCGUCGGCUUCGGAGCAGCCGCUGAGGUCUGCUUGCAAGAGAUGGAGAAUGACACGAAGCACGUGGAGAAGCUGUACGCCCGCAUGCACGAUGCCAUCACGGAUCAGCUUCCUCAGAUCACCCUCAACGGCUCACCCAGCCAGAGGUAUCCGGGCAACGUCAACCUUUCCUUUGCCUGCGUGGAGGGAGAGAGCCUCCUGAUGUCCCUGGCCAAGACCACGGCUGUGUCGAGCGGCAGCGCCUGCACCAGUGCAUCCCUGGAGCCGUCUUACGUUCUGCGCGCCAUCGGCGUGUCGGAAGACUUGGCGCACACGUCGUUGAGGUUCGGAAUCGGCCGUUUCACGACGGAGGCCGAGGUUGAUAACACCGUCAAGGACGUUGUGAGAGAGGUGCGGCGGCUGCGUGAGAUGAGUCCCCUCUGGGAGCUCGAGCUCGAG